AUGGCGAUCACCUACCUGGACGUCACCUUCGCCGCCCUGGGCAUCUACUUCCUCAAGCGCCUCCUCGCCCCCAGGCAGCCCGCCCCCUUCCCCCCGGGGCCGAAGGGUCUGCCUCUGGUCGGCAACGUCGCCGAUAUGCCCACCGUGCACGAGUGGAAGACCUUUGCGUCCUGGGCCGAGCAAUACGGUGACGUUAUCGGCGUUAAGAUCCUUGGCCAACCCUUGAUCAUCCUCAACACGGCCGAGCACGCGUUCGCGAUGCUGGACAAGAAGAGCUCGAUCUACUCGGAGCGCCCGACCCUCAUGAUGGGCACCGUCCUUGUCGGCUGGGAAAAAACCCUCGCGAUGACCAAGUAUGGCGACCGUUUCAGGGAGAUCCGGAAGAUGCUCUUCGGUCUGAUGGGCACCAAGAGCGUGGUGAAAAAGUUUGAGCCCUUGGAGGAGCUCGAGACCCACCGGUUCUUGCGCCGGGUGUACGAGAACCCGGACAAGCUGACGACCGCCAUCCGACAGACCGCCGGUGCCAUCAUCCUCAACAUCUCUCACGGUUACGAACCCAAGGAGAAGGAUGACCCGAUCGUCGGAACCGUCGACCUCGCGACCGAGCAGUUCUCGGAGAGCACCCAGCCCGGCGCGUUCUUGGUGGACGUGAUGCCGAUCCUGCGCUACGUCCCGGCCUGGUUCCCCGGCGCCGGCUUCCAGAAGAAGGCCGCGCUCUGGCGCAAGACCUUGCUCGAGAUGGCCAACAUCCCGCACGAGAUUGUCAAGUCGAAAGUGGCAUCGGGCACAGCCAUUCCUUCCUUCACGUCGACGCAUCUCGAGAAGAAGGAUCUUAGCGCGCAGGAGGAAGAUAACGUGAAGUGGGCCGCGGCUUCGCUCUACAGUGGCGGAGCGGAUACGGCUAUCUACGGCUUCUACCUCGCGAUGACGCUGCAUCCGGAAGUGCAGAAGAAGGCCCAGGCCGAGAUUGAUUCUGUCAUCGGAAAUGAUCGUCUGCCCACCUACGCGGACCGCGCUAGCCUGCCGUACAUCGAGGCUCUGUUGAAGGAGGUCUUCCGUUGGCUGCCCGUCGCCCCCCUCGGUCUGCCGCAUGUCGCCUACGAGGACGACAUCUACAACGGCUACUACAUUCCCAAGGGAAGCUUGAUCAUCCCCAACAUUUGGCAAAUGCUCCACAACCCGGCCACCUACUCCUCUCCGCUCUCCUUCAACCCCGACCGCUUCCUCGAGACGGACGGCCACGCUCCCGAGCGCGACCCGCGCGACUUUUGCUUCGGCUUCGGCAGGCGCGUCUGCCCGGGCCUCAACCUCGCCGACGCGUCAACCUGGCUCUCCAUCGCGAGCGCGCUCGCCGUGUUCGACAUCACGAAGGCCAAGGACGAGUCCGGAAGGGAGAUCGUGCCCGAGACCGAGAUGCUGCCCGGCACCAUUUCCCACCCGAGGCCGUUCAAGUGCAACAUCAAGCCGCGCUCGGCCAAGGCCGAGGAGCUCAUCACCUCUGUCGACUUCGUCUCCGCUUGA